AUGCCUUCCGACCCGGUUGAAGUUCGCGAGAUGGAUAGCCUCACCAGUUUGAUCGGUGGGUUAACAAUAGAAAACAAACCGGACAGGUGGGCUUGGCUGGGAGGAGCUGAUAACACCUUAACUGUUCGGAAUGUAAAAGACUUCCUUCUUGGCGACAAGGAUUUCAGUGACAGGUAUGUUUUUGAUUGGAUUAAUUGGGUUCCUAAGAAAUGUAAUGUGUUUAUGUGGAGAGCGACAAUGGAUCGUAUACCUACUAUGGUUGCGUUGCGGGCUCGUAACUGUUUUGCUUUGGAUCCGGUCUGUGUGCUUUGUGGGGAAGAAGAAGAAACAGUAGAACAUCUUUUUUGCAAGUGUGAGACGGCUGCUAGAGUUUGGCAUUUCAUAAGUAAAUGGUGUAAUACUGCACCAUUUUUCAUUUUCGACAUAAAAGAUUUAUUGGAGUUUCAGGAUACAUCGAGGAAGAAUAAAAUAGAAAAGGACGUUCUGAAGAGUUUGAUCAUAAUCAGCUGCUGGUGUAUUUGGAAAGCGAGAAACGAGUUGAAAUUUGAGAACAUUAAAGUGAGCACCAUGAAAAUCAUUCAAAAUAUUAGAUUACUCGGUUUUUUGUGGUUUAGAAGUAAAACGAAACAUAGAGGUAUUUCUUGGAGUAAUUGGUGUAAUUUUGUACUCAUGUAA